CAGUUGGAGGGACCUCUUUGAGGUGUCAGGAUAGCACUGAGUAAGGACACAUGAGAGUUUCAACACCUAAGAGAAGACAUAGGUUACUCCUAUAGUGUGUUUUUUGGAGGGAAUCAAAUUACCUAAGCGCUUACUCACCAUUGCUCUCUGUAUGAUCUUGUGGGAUGGUCUGCCUUGGUUACCCGUAGGCUUAAUCAUCGGCAUAUUCUUAUUUAUAAGGCUAUUCUUGGACUGCUUCCCUCUUACCUACAAAUCUACAUCCUAAAAAAAGUAUGACGUCUGUCACAAACCAAGAGCAGUGGGAGGAGAUGCGUGCAACCAAAGGUUUAACAGUUGUAGAUGUGUACCAACAGUGGUGUGGUCCCUGUCGAGCUGUGGUUAGUCUCCUACGAAAAAUAAAGAACGAACUGGGUGAUGACCUAUUACAUUUUGCCACAGCAGAGGCAGACAGCAUUGAUGCUCUGGAGAAAUAUCGAGGGAAAUGUGAGCCCACCUUCCUCCUCUAUGGGGGUGGGGAGCUGGUGGCUGUGCUGCGAGGGGCCAACGCUCCUCUCCUUCAGAGGAUGAUUGUAGAGGAACUGGCCAAGGAGAAAUUUGUCCUGGAGCAAGGUGGUGAACGCAAAGUGAUUAAAGAUGAUGGUCUGGUGGAUGAUGAGAAGAAAGAAGACGAGGAGACACCUCAGCAGUCAGAAAAUGAAGAUAGCAUAAUUGUUCCUGCCAGUAAAUCCUACACAGUUGCCAUCAUCAAACCAGAUGCUGUUGCUCACGGCAAAGCAAAUGAGAUCAUUAUGAAGAUUCAAGAUGUUGGGUUUGAGAUCCUGGCCCAUGAGGAACGCACGCUGACUGAGGUUGAGGCUCGAGAUUUUUAUCAGCACAAGGCAGCAGAGGCUUGCUUUGAGGACUUGGUGCAAUUUAUGUCCAGUGGUCCGUGCCAUAUUCUGGUACUUUCUCAGGUUGAGGGCUCAGCCAACGUUGUACCAGCAUGGCGUGAAUUCAUUGGCCCAGCAGACAUAGAGGAAGCCAGGAAAGAAAAGCCAGAAAGCUUGCGGGCACAAUACGGCACACAGACACUGUUCAACGCAGUGCACGGUAGUGAGGACAUCGACCAGGCCAGCAGGGAGCUCGCCUUCUUCUUCCCCAACUUUAAAAUGGCCUCAGUAACGGAGCAGGAUGGGGAGGAAGAACGUGUGGAGAGGACACUGGCUCUUAUCCGGCCUGACGCUGCCAGAAAAAGCAGAGAGAAGAUCUUGGCUCAAAUCCACAAGUCAGGCUUCACCGUGGCUCUCCAAAGAGAGGUGAUGUUGACGGAGGAGCAGGUCAGACAGUUUUACUUCCAACAUGUUGAGGAGGACUACUUUCCUGCACUGCUCCAAAGCAUGACCAGUGGGCCAGUGCUAGCUUUGGCUCUAGCCAGAACGGGGGCUGUCCAUCGUUGGAAGAACAUCCUUGGUCCUUCUGAUGUUAAUACAGCCAGAGAGGAGAGUCCUGAAUGUCUAAGGGCCCAGUUUGCUGUGGAGAAUGAGCCCAUCAACCAGCUGCAUGGCAGUGCAAGCCAUGAAGAGGCAGAACGAGAGAUCAACUUCUUCUUCCCUAAACAGCAAACACUGGCAGUGAUCAAACCUGAUGCCAUGGAGGAACACAGAGAGAAGAUUUUGGAGGAGAUCCGUGGCAGCGGUUUCUCUGUAACGCAGCUGAAAGAGGCGGUGCUGUCGAGGGAGAUGGCUGAGGAGUUUUACAAAGAGCACAGAGAGAAGCCUUUCUUCAGCCAGCUGGUGGAAUUCAUGUGUCGCGGGCCCUGUGUGAUGCUCGUCCUGACCAAGGAAAAUGCAGUGGAGGAGUGGAGAACCAUGAUGGGCCCCACAGAUCCUGAACAAGCUAAGGCAACAUCCCCAAACUCUCUGAGGGCCCGCUUUGCCUCCAACAUCCUCCACAACUCGGUCCACGGCUCCUCCAAUGAGCAGCAUGCAGAGGAGAAGAUCCGUUUUAUCUUCGGUGACAUCUGCUCAGACGCAGUGCUCACCGGUGAUAGGGAAACUGACACAACCAUUUUAGGUGACCCACAUAAUUCGAAUCCUUGCAGUCCACAGAGAAGAGGAAGUGAUGAUCCAGAGCACUCAAACUGAAUCAGCACACUUAGUUUCUCUUGUAUUGCAGUCUUAUUCUGUAACAUUAUGGGGAAAAACACAGUAUCUGUCACUCCAUGAAUCAUGAAAUAAACAAGACGACGUAUAUCUGACGUUUACACGCUUUACAUACAUGUAGGCAGUGGGUCAAAAGCAAAGUAAUCACAUGUUCUUUAGCCAGUACUUGUAAACGGGGGGGGGGGGAUUUUUAAUGCUGCUGACAGCAGCAGUUUAUAGGCUGUCUUGGCUCGAAGCAGCAGCUGUAAGCUACACGACUAAGACCAGGAUCAAACAGACUCCACAAAGCAACAUCAUUUCGGGGUUCAUAGAAGCCUUUUGUUGAAUCCAGAGAACAACGUGUCAUGGUCAGUUGGUUCAGUCUAUCUUGGAUUACCUACAAUAAAUUAUCUAUUUCAAUUUUAA